GAGUUGUUGGUUGCACAAAAUAAAAUAAUUUGCCGCAAAAGAAAAGGAAGCCAAGCUAAAUAGUUUGAACUGCGAUGGCAAGUAACAUAACACAGGGUAUCAAUGGUCUGGAAAUAGGGUCAUAUGAUUUUAAAGCUGAAGCGACAAGCUGCGAAAAUCUGGAUGAAGCGCAAACUUCCCAAAAAAUCACCGGCACCGGCGCCGGCGCCGCACGCUCAAGAGGCAAAGGAAAAACAAAGCGCGGCAAUUCGAAUUCAUCUCACGACAGCAAUAUUGAAAAGGCAGGUGAGAAUUCCGUAUCACCUGCCCAACGUCAGCUGCUACACCGUACCCUAAGAGACUUUCUUCAAAGUGAUGAGCCUGAAAUAGAAAUGGUGGGCCUAUCUGCGGGAGAACGCCGCGUCGUCCACUUAUUUGCCUUACAACUAGGCAAUCUCAAGACACGAAGCCAUGGCAAGGAUAAAGACCGUGUCCUCGUCAUUACGCGCAAGCAAGAUGUCACGGACCUAGAGGAACAGGCUUCCACGAAAUUUAAAGUAGACGAGCGUGUGUUGCAAUACCUCGAUACUGUCAUGUCACACGGCCCUACGAAGCCGCUGGAGUUUCCAAAGCCGGCAGGUAGAAAGCAAAAUUGGGGCAAUGGACUCAUUGGAACGCCAAUGGUGCCCCCACGCAAGGCCCUCAAUUUGCCACGUGAUAUUGUUGAAGAAGCACGUAAUCUACCCAUUGCCGAGCAUCGUAGCGAAAUUCUGCAGCUGCUAGACGAACAUCAGGUGCUGAUUGUUAAUGGAGCCACAGGAUCCGGCAAGUCCACACAGUUGCCUCAGUUUUUGCUGGACGACGCCACCGGCUCGAACCGUCCUGUGCGAAUUGUGGUAACACAGCCCCGCCGCAUAGCCGCCAUAACAGUCUCGUCGCGCAUUGCCAAGGAGCGCGGAGAAGCAUUGGGACAAACUGUUGGCUAUCAAAUACGCAUGGAGAAUAAAUGCAGCAUAAAUACAUUGCUGACAUUCACCACUGGCGGUUGCAUGAUGCGUGUGCUCGGCGUGGAUGCCAAAAGAUUCUUCAGAAAAACAACGCAUCUGAUAAUCGACGAAGUGCAUGAGCGAGAUGUGGAUACAGAUUUCCUGAUGCUGGCCGCCAAACGUGAACUGCAGCGAAAUAGAAACUUCAAAUUGAUAAUGAUGUCCGCGACGAUGGAUUUGGAGAAAUUGUCUACAUAUUUUAAUAAUGCACCCAUCAUUAAUGUGGAGGGUCGAUGCUUCAAAGUGGAAGUUAUUCAUCUGGAAGACACAUUAAAAUUGACUGGUUAUAUGACCGAAAACAUGAAAUGGUAUCUGAAGAACUCUUGCACCAACGACCCACAGGAGUUGUUAGAGGCUUAUUUGAGGAGUUGCCCACAAUCCGUGCAGGAUAUAGACAAUGAUUUGAUCAUAUCAGUGGUGGAGGUGCUCCUGAAUCGUGGGCAGAAAGGAGGCUUGAUCAUUUAUUUGCCUGGGUUGCAGGAUAUAACCAACUUAAUGUGCCGCUUCCAGGAAGCUUUGCCGCAUAAAUCCGUGCGUUACAUACUCCUGCAUAGUCAGAUCGACCACAACUCGCACAGCCAAGUGUUUCGAGUACUGCCAAACAUCCAACUCAAGGUCAUAUUGUCAACCAAUAUUGCUCAGACGUCGAUUACUAUACCCGAUCUCAUUUAUGUCAUCGAUUUGGGGAGAGCAAAGAUAAAAACAUAUGAUGCUAAAACGGACUCAUCUGUUUUAGCCUGCGACUGGAUAUCAAAGGCUGAUGCUGAACAGCGAACGGGACGUGCAGGGCGUCAGAGAAGUGGCAUUUGUUAUCGUCUCUACUCUAAGGCGCAGUACGAGCAAAUGUCCGACUACCUGGUGCCAGAAAUUAUGCGACGCACACUCAAUGAGAUCUGCCUUCUGGCCAAAUUGGCUGCCCCCAACGAACGUAUCGCCACCUAUCUGGGCAAUGCCUUAGACCCUCCCAAGCCGGAGCGUGUAACACAGGCAUGCGAGAAGCUCCAACUGAUCGGUGUGUUGCACGAAAGACAUGAAAAGGUCACCGAGUUGGGGGAGAUUAUUGCAGAACUACCGCUGGACGUGCAGUUGGGCAAGUUCCUUAUUUAUUCAUUGUAUUAUCGCUGCUUUGGCAGUGUGAGCAUUAUAGUGAGCUUCUUUACGGUGCGCGAUCCGUUUAUAGUGCCCACAGAUCGCACAGAGCGGACGCAGCAACAACUUAAGCGUUCGCUUUUCGGCAUUGACCAGAAUAGCGAUACACUCGGAAUAGUGAAUUUAUACAAGGAGUAUAAAGGCCGGUCGAAAAGAGACGCUGUGGCUUAUUGCAAAGAAAACUUUUUGAGUUUACAAAGCAUGGACAUGUUUGUUGGUGCCGUAAGAAAAUUGCGCGAUACGGUAUUCCAAAUGUUUGAGAUCCACAUUGAUGUGUUUGAAUAUGACACUAAUAAGGAUAUUGUGCGGCUUGCAAUGGCAGCAGGCCUCUAUCCUAAUGUGGCUAACAUUGAUAGGUCUAGAAAGAAACGUACGAUCGUCACGGGCGGAGACACGACGGUACAAAUAUCGCGAAACUCCUGCCUACAGAAAAUAAAUACAAAAAAUUCGUCGCCGUCAUCAGAGGACUGGAUUUGCUUUGUUGAAAAAAGACACAAUAUUGGUCAAGUUCUAUCUAUAGAAAACAACACCUUAAUAACAACAUUAAUUGUGGCAAUGCAAUGCGGAAAACAGUAUUUCCUACAGCCGUGCGAUUCAGAAAAGGAGACAUUGCUCUGCCUGGACUCGUGGAUACGCAUCCAAAUGGAUGAAAAGUUCUGCUUGAAGUUGCUCAAUUUGCGGGCGCAACUUGAACGCGAGUUUAACAUACUUGUGAACUUAAGAAAGCUGACCCAUGAGCAUUCGAAAGCCCCCGAAUUUGCCAGCAAGCUCUUGUCCCUGCACUCUACUUAUCGCAUACCAUCUGCAGCUUCAUUGAAUGAAUUCAAUGAAUAAAUACACCUUCCCAACGCACCAUUUCAAGACAUCAAGGAGACCAACACCCAAUCACAUAAUAGUACAAACACAUUUAUGUUUCAAUUUUACUGUACUCACGAAGGAUGUGGCAUUGGCCUGAUUCUUAUUCAGAACCAGCCAGUGCAUGUGGAAGGUAAACAAAAGAAAUGAUGAUGUUGCAUUCUCAUAAAGAAUUUAUGAUAAACACAAGUAUGAAAUGUACAUACCUUAUACAUUGGUAUUGGUACACAUACUAAGGAUAAGCUACCGAGACUGUAUAUAUAGUAUAGUAUGUACAUACUAUGUGAAAUAUCUUGUAAAAGAUAAAAGAUUCCAGCGUACAACGCAGCACAACGUGCCAAAUAGCAUCUCGUUGUUGCAAUCGAUUUAAGGAGUAGAACAUACAUAUACAAGUAUAUAGUUGUAGAAGUGAUCAAUUUUGUUCGUUUAACAAUGUUUUCUUUAGUAGCCAAAUAGCACUGAACAUUUAUGAGUUUCUUAUUUAUUACUUGUAUUUACACUCGAUACGAAAGAGAGCACCAAUGUA